GUAUCAACCUUGUUCAACAUUUUAAAGGUGGUGAUUGGAAAGCGCAGAUUUAUUUUACAACUGUGGAAAUUUGUUCGCAAACUUUGGUCUGUUCACUUUGCCCGAGCAGGAUAUCUACACUUUUACAGCCAGUUCUUAUGUUCGUCGUAAAAUAGUAUUUCACUUUGCGGCGUGCAUUUAUUAGAGCUGUCCUACCACCAGAGAAACCUAUAAAAGACGGAAAAAUUUGACUUCCUAAACAAUUGAGAGCAUAAACAGGACGGAGUGGAGAAGAGAUUGUAUUGUUUCACCUUUAAAUGAACACACCUUCCAAAGAUAAACAAACUGAUCGCCAAAAAUUUAUUCAAAAGUAUAUUCAGUCGAACUGCAGUCAGCUGACUAAUUUGUCAAUCGAUCAAGGUGUAAGUGACACGGAGAUUUGUACAAAUAUUGACGAAAUGGAUAAGAAACCAUCUGGUGGAAGAUCAUGGACAAGAAGUAAACGUAUAUCACUUGGCUGUCUUGAAUGGCGUUCACGUGGACCUACUCGACAAACCGGUUUGGGAUCAUGUCAUCGAACCAACUACCUAACUCGUACUGGUUCACAUGGUUGUGUAGCACACAGUGAAGAGGAUUACGCCUACACGAAUGCAGAGGCUUCAAAAAUGCAAGCUAAUUACUUUGGAUCUAAGUGUAGACAUUCCGGUGCACCAGACAAUCUUCUCCAACGUCUACGUAAACGUUCUUUCUCACGGGAUAAAGCUAAACGUGACACUAGCCGGACAAAUUUUAAUAAUAAUAAUAACAAGGCGGAUAAUACCCGGUCGUCAUCCGCUCCACGGUCAGUCUACUCCUAUGAAAGGAGUUGUACAGAGUUGGAAGGCAACCAUACUACUACGACUGUUGGCAAUGACAACUACUCAUUACAACAAAUGAAUCAAUGCAAUCAGCUAUCGGUUACAAGUCUACUUCCUCAGAUAUCGUUAUCCAGGAGUGUUCCUGAGUUGAAAAGUCACCACUGUUGUAUUGAUACUUCUACUUCGUCUGUAUACCAUGAGAUCGAGAAAUCUCUGUAUUAUUUGAAAAAUUAUGAAAAUACAUCCACCACAUAUCAGUCUAGUUUCACACCUUCUGAAGGAUGCACUAAAUCAUCAUCCAAUAGCAUUGCUGAUCCAUCAACAACUGCUGUUUCAAUAAAGGAUAAUUCCUCAAUACCUGUUGUUCAACAAUUCUGUCAAUCAAACUGUACUCUGUGUAGCCUAAUGAUGAAUACUUCUCAUUAUGUUGUGAAUACUUCUUCAUGUGAAACAGCGCAUCAAGGAUUCAGGCCAGUAGAAUAUGCAGAUACAAUUCCAAAUACAAUGAAAUGCUCUGACUCACUUGUGUUAUUCAGUAAAGAGGGACAACCACAACACCACCACCACCAACAACAAGAACAACAACAGCGGCGAUAUGACUUCUCUUCUAAUCCAUUAGUCUCCUCUAUAUAUUCUGAAGUUUGUUCCAACUGUCGUUAUCAUAAUCUAUGUGAUAAUGACACACUUGUCAACAGUAAUAAUCCAACUAUUCCAAUGAGUAACAAUGAUACUGGGAAGGAGUACAAUUCGUAUAGACGUACAAAUUGUGCAAAGCAUUCAGGCAUAUGCGAUUCUAACAACAAUUUGUCUGAUGCCUGUUCAGACAUGAAGACAUCCGGUGAGAAAACCGUCAACAUGCAACAAAUUGCAAAUCUGAAUACAUCAUCAAUCUCCAACUGUUAUACAAUACCUAAUACAACAGACGGCAAUUUAUCCAAUGUAUCCAAUGUCGACAAUCCAUUGGAUUAUCAAACACUAAACACUGGCAUUGAUGACAACAUAGAUCUAAUUCAAACACAACAACAUAAUUCAUCUUGUAAUUCACUACGUCCUGAUUCGCUUCUGUCAACGUCAACAACGACACGAGAAUCAUCCUGCUCUGAUUUAUCGCCGAAUUCUAUAUCAUCGCAUGACUCAGCAUUGGGCGGCGGAAAAUCACAAUGUGAUAGCGUAGGCGUACUGAAGACUGUGUGUCCUGUUACAGUUACUUCUACUACGAAAAAUUGUCCGAAAAAUAUUGAACAUAUGAAGCAUGUCAAGUCGUCGGAUAUGGUAGCCUGCCUCACCAGCUCUGUAACCGGUCAUAUUCCACCAAUGUGUUUACCUCCUUCAGGAAAUUACUGCUGUUCACAUACACCGCCAACGCCAAUCAGACGUCCAUGGUUAGGUGAUAAUAAUAAUACAGAACAAAUAACUUCUGUUAGAAGUCGCUCAGGUGUACAAAAACGUUCAGUCUACGUAAAUGCAUCAAUAUAUCCGAUUCCUGAAAUGCUACGUCAUCCUGACAGUAAUAAUGGAUAUGGACAUAAUCGUUGUAGUCGAAUAAGAGAUCGCCAAAAUUCUUAUGAAAAUGCUAAUUCGAUAAACAUGAAUCCUACUAGUAUAUCCACUGUGCCUACAAGCAAUAAUAAUAAUAAUAGUGAUAACGUUGGUAAAACUACACAGAAUGCAUCAAAUCCACAAAUCCCAUAUUGGACACAUUUAUUACCCUAUCGAACAUCUACUGUCCCACAGAAUUUAUCCGGUCGAUUGCGAAAGUCUGAAACACUUCCAAAUGAUUGGAUAAGCACUUAUGAAUCGAAUAAAUUAACAGAGUGUGAAAAAUAUCCUCUUUCCAAGUCAACAUCAUAUCAGUUGAAGAACACCUUGACGAAUCAAAAUGCUCACAAUUCAUCACAAUGCUCCAACAAUUAUUAUUCAGAUGAAUCGAAACCACAUCACUCUAAUGAUCAUGAUACCGGGAUCAAUGGUAAAGGCGCUAAAUCCCCACCGCCUAGACCACCAAUACGAACAAGUUCACAUGGUGGUAUAAGUUCACGACAAACACCUGUUUCACAGCCAUCCACUUCACCGUAUUGUCAACAUCUUAGUUGUCAAAAACAACAGCAUACUCAAGGAUUAUCGAUUUCAUCUACAAAUGCGAAUAACAGUAUCAAUGAAAGUCCGAUUCUCUGUCGAUACUCUCAACUUUACUCUUUGAAUAGCUGUCAUCAUAAUUCAUCACUUUCUAACAAUUCACCAUCGAAUAAUACUACAUCUUCCAAUGGUUGUCAUUCUACUUCACAGCAUCAAAAACACCCGCCUUCAGCGCAUACACACCAGUAUUCGUCUAACGAACAUCCUUCAGCUCAUCCUCCUCAUCGCCAACAGUUUAUUCAGUGUCCCAUUCAAUCCCAUUCAAUUCCAUCUAGUCAAAUGAAUCACCACUCUAAAUCAUAACUCCUGGAAUUAAUAGAUAUGAAGAAAUUACCACUAAAUUAAUCGAACUUAGUCUCAUAAUUAAAAUGUCAAAUAAACAACAAAUACAAAAAUUCAUUCACUAAUUAAUCUGCAUGAUUCCAGUGUGAAAUGCCGACACCCUUUUAUGAUUUUUGCGAUUACCUCACCUUCUUCUGCUUUUUUUUAAUUUUUACUUUCCACCCAAAAGACACAGUGUGUCAAUUUCACCGCAUACUAGUGUGUAAUUUCAUUCAGCAAAAUGCCUGUGUGAGCAGUAGUCAACAGACAAACACACACUCACAAGCACAUACACACACACACACAAAGAGAUAAUGAUGAUGAUGAUGAUUUGAAUGAUUGGUACACAGCCCGUGUGGAUCGAUCAAUCGAGAUACUUCAUUCACUUUGCAAGUGUUUUUGAUUCUAUCACAAAAUGAAGCACACCUGUUACCGGUUGAUGUCUACGCCUGCCUGAUUUCCAUGUUUGCCUUCUGUUAUUAAUAAUCCUAUUAUUUUUUUUAUAAUUUGUACACUAUUUCAUUUCCACGAAUGAAAGCGUGUUUCUCAAUGAGAGACAGACAGUUCAACACUUAUUGUGAACCAUCGAAAUCGGCAGGUUCAUGAUGAUCACGCUUUAAGACACGCAAGGGACUAUUCAUAGAUACCUUUCUUUUUUAUUAUUAUUAUUUCUACAAUCUGAUGAUGAUGUGAUUUGUUUUUUUGUAUUUUCCUUCACAUUCACCUUCACUUUUUUCUUUGUGUUUUUUUUCUUGCUGCAUUCUGUUAUUUUGUUUUUCAUGAUGAUGAUGAUGGUGAUUUCAUAAUUUCAUUUCACAAUCGCCUUACGCCUUCCAUACUUUCGUCAUCCUCCGCCUCCUCCUCGUCCUCGUCCUAUGCCUUCGCCGCCUUCCUUCCGUUGAUUCUUCAUGUCGUCAGUGUGAAUUUACGUAUAUUUAUGCCUCCACGAGAUGCGUUUUGAGUAUCUGAACCAGGGAAGACGAAGAAUACCCUUGUUCGACACCUUGACAAAGUUGUAAAUUGCAAUUUAACUUAACGUACUACUAAUACUACUACUUUUGUUUUUAGGUCAUUUUAUUUAAGUAGUAUAUUUAGUAUUGAACAUCUUCAUUGGUAUUGAUUAAUUAAUUAAUUAAAUUCAUUAAGGCUGUGCAAUUGUUUCUCUUUUUUCAUAUGUCAGUACCACCAGUGGGCUUCUUCUUCAUUGGGUAAAAUUCAUGUGGGGUAUCGCCUGAAAAGAAGUUCUUUUUCAUACUCUUAUAAAAAUUAAUCAAAAAUAUUUUUUUUUUCUAGAAUUUUUUAAAAUGUUUUUUUUUCUAAUGUGUAUUACACCCUUUCUUUAAACAAUUAUUUGAUGAAAAUAAUCUGCAUAUACU